CAGGGUCGGAGACGCAGCCGCGCCCCGGGGAGCCGGUCCUCCUCCCGGUCCCCGCCUCUGUCGGAGGGCAGGGCAGUAUGAAGCCAGUAAAAAAAAAGAAAAACGAAGAACCUGAGUUGGAGCCCCUGUGCUGUUGUGAGUACAUAGAUCGAAAUGGGGAAAAGAACCACGUGGCUGCCUGUUUGUGUGAUUGUCAAGACCUCGAUGAAGGCUGUGACAGAUGGCUUACCUGUAAAUCACUUCGGCCGGAGACUUGUGAAAGAAUCACGGAUACAAUUUCUGAUCGCCUCCGAAUUCCUUGGCUCAGAGGAGCCAAAAAAGUUAAUAUCAGCAUUGUCCCUCCACUUGUGCUUUUGCCGGUUUUCCUUCAUGUGGCUUCCUGGCACUUCCUGCUGGGGGUGGUGGUUCUGACCUCCCUUCCCAUGCUGGCACUCUGGUACUACUACCUCACUCACAGAAGGAAAGAACAGACUCUGUUUUUCCUGAGCCUUGGACUGUUCUCACUGGGCUACAUGUACUAUGUGUUCCUGCGGGAAGUGGUCCCCCAAGGGCAUGUAGGGCCCACUCAGCUGGCCCUUCUCACCUGCGGGUUAUUUCUGAUACUCUUAGCCUUGUACCGAGCCAAGAAGAAUCCAGGCUACCUCAGCAACCCAGUAUACAAUGAUAAAUCCCCAAGCAACAGCCAAAUCGAAUGCCCAGUCAAAAAAGGGCAGGAGAAGACCAAAGGGUUCCCUGGCACAGAUACCUCAGGGAGCCUCAACAACCGCACACUGAAGGACGAUGUUAAGGGCUCCUCCAGGGUGGGGCUUGAGAGCCCCACCAAAGUGAAGGAAGACUGGUGUGCUAAGUGCCAGCUAGUACGACCUGCCCGAGCAUGGCAUUGCCGGAUAUGUGGUAUCUGUGUAAGGAGGAUGGAUCAUCAUUGUGUCUGGAUAAAUAGCUGUGUCGGAGAAUCCAACCAUCAAGCGUUCAUCCUUGCCCUCUCCACCUUCUUGCUCACUUCGGUUUACGGAAUAUCGCUGACCCUGAACACCAUUUGUAGGGAUAGAAGCCUCUUCACAGCCCUCUUCUACUGUCCUGGAGUUUACGCUAACUACAGCUCAGCCCUGUCCUUCACCUGUGUGUGGUACUCUGCGAUCAUCACAGGGGGCAUGGCCUACAUCUUCCUCAUCCAGCUGAUAAACAUCAGCUACAACGUAACAGAGAGGGAAGUGCAGCAGGCCCUGCGGCAGAAGACGGGGCGCCGGCUCCUCUGGGGCCUCAUCGUGGACACAGGCCAGUACAACAGGGGCUUCCUGCGUAACUGGCUCCAGUUCUCCACCUUAGGCACACACACCGUCCACACCCCUGCCGAGGACAUUGUCUGAAGUGCCUUCCAUGUGGUUCAGUGGGACAUUCCUCUCUGUCCUUUCCAUUUCACACGUCAGUAUCCAUGCAGGAUUCAUCUGCACCACCCACUUCUCAGAGGUACUGGAGGGCUAUGCUCAGGUUUGACGAGAGGACUGAAGAGAGGUAAUUUUUCUUCUGCCUUUAUAACUUACGGGAGUUUAGUACUGAAGCAGAGAGAUAGAGCCAUUCCUUUCUGUCACCUUGCUGACUCAGGCACCAGAAGCUGCAAAGCGGCUGUGGAUUGCACAAACCAUUCAUACAAGCAAGAAAGUUAGUUAGAACUAGGAGCGUUCCUAGCCCUCCUUUCAAUUCUUAAUAGCCAUAUGACCCUCGGUAGAGUCACUUCCCAAGUCUCAGGUUCAUCUGUAUGGGGGCUUCUGCUGCCUGGCUACCUCACAGAGCAGCCAUGAUGGCCUCCUGAGGAGGGAUGUGGAAGCACUCCAGUCCAGCCCAAGCACUCGGGGGAACCAGGAAAUCAGGACUGAAGCAGACUGCGUGUAGCUCAGAACAUUGAAGCCAGUACUGUGAAGACAAUCAGUUUGUACAGUUCUGGUCGACCUUGUUCUCGAAGGUUAGCAAUGACAAGAGGGUCAAUGCUACUCAUCUUGUCUUGAGAAGGACAGACGACGAAAAUAAUUAUUAUCUGUGCAGUGUGUAGUGGGCAGAAAUUAAGGUGACAAAUAUAUUUGUUAAUGUAUCAUUUUAUAUUUAUUAUAAUUAACAGAUUUUUCCCUCCUUCCACAUCUUACCUGGGUGAGGCACUGGCGCACUGGUAAGGGUGACUGUCCUCUGAGAACAUUUUCCCUCUUUUGUGGCUGUGGAGGCUGAUUAAUAUCAAGGGCUUGAUUUUUUAUUAUUGUUCGUGUAUUUCCAGUGCUGUAGGUUUACAGCACUAAAUGGGAACAUCAGCCUGGCAUGAACUCUCUCCGGGGUGACUGACACCUUCCCAUAUCUACAUGGCUGCUCAUUCGUCCUACACACAUCUCACUAGGAGAGAACAGGGUACAUGCGCUUCCCAGCACUGAUCAAAACACUGCUUUCCAGCUCUUCCCCAGUACUAAAAUUGUUCCUUUGUGUCUCAGAACUGAAACCUGGGGGAGACUGCAGAAUGGGCCCUCUUUCUGCCAUAGAAACAGGAGAUCCAUACGAGGAGAACUCCAUCUUGGAGCGUUUGCUUUUUACACAUGGACUGUUUCUGGGAUCCCAAAGAUCAGUGAUAAGUUGUGAGACCUUAAGUUUUUCUUAGCCUUGUUGCUUCAUAGAGGGAAAUGGGAAAUAUGCACUCAGCUUUUGGAGUUCAUUUCUGAGAGACAGCAAAUAAGAGGCUGUCUACAAUCGGACCUUUGUGUUUUCUUAGGCUCUUAAGUUGUUUGUGGGAUUUUGGCAUUCUCCAGACAGUAGAAGAUUUAAUUGGGAGUCUUCAAAAAGGCAAGGCCCUUUUGAGUGGGUUGUCCCAAGCAUCCAUGGAUAAGCCAGCAGUCCCUUGACCAUGGGAGCAAGUUCUCUCCAUACAAGUGACUCCAGCUAAGCAGGUCCUCUUGUAAAGGAUCAGAACAGGGAGGGAUCUUUAAUAAACUCAUAUGUAGGACGUUACUACCUUGUGUAUAUUCCCAGGAAAGAGGACUGAGCCCACUUUUGAAAACCUCAAGGAAAAACACUAAGGAUCAAGACUGGAAGGAAGGAGGAAUCCCUUCCUUGGUAGAAAUGUGUCUUAGGAGUUUGCAAAGUACUGUGUAGGUCACCCUCACUGCCUUGUUGGCAGGCCACUCUGACGCCGCUAAAAUGAAGCCUUAAAUGUGUUUUGGGGACAGUGCUGUCUGCUCCCUCAGCCACAUAGUUGCUAGGACAUUGUAAAUCUCUGCUCUCCAAGCGGCAGUUUCCUCUGAUGAAUGCAUUGACUGUUGUCCCCUGUAUUGCCCGCCUAGAAGGAAAACUGCUGUAAACUCUCUCUUACACAAUACUCCUUGGUACUCUAAUAUUUUUAGCAAGAGAAACUUUGUAUUCUAGAACUUUUCACUGCCAGAAAACACAAUGCCAGUAAGAGUCUAUGUAAUACUGAUACCUACCUAACAGACUUCCUUCUUUUGGGUAGGACAUCAGCUAUUUACUGUAAAGCUAAAUUGACAGAAGUAAAACCCUGUAGAAGCACAGCUUUAACCAUGAAGUUUAAUGAAAGCAAUGCUCCAUGGACUCACUCAUUUCUUUAAAUUAGCCGAGCAGGUUUCUGUGUCGGAACUUCCCGUUAGCCAGAUUUUGGUACCCUGCCUUUCGAAAAGGAGCUUUGAACAAGCAGUGGGUUUAAGUGCUGGAGGCACCUGCUUGGAGCCUGGUUUGCUCAGCAGAAGUUUGGCAAGUGAACUGUUUCAUGUUAAACACGCAGAGGCCGUGCAGUGAGACUGAAAGCCAUGAACACCAAAUGAAACUCAGUGAGAUUCAUCUAACUGUUGUGAAGUGGCCACACCGAGUCCCUGAUGCUGAUGGACAGCCGUCUGAACAUGAGCUGGCUCUGCACAUUCCCUGUGGAGCAGGCUGAAGGGCAGAGCACGCGGCUCCCUCCACCCUGGGCUUGUGAUUUAUAAACACUGGAGAUGUCCUGGUGUCACUGUCCACCUUUAAACAUCCAUAUUUAAAAGGGAAAGCUUUAAACCCAGAGCUACUCUGCUCUAAUGAUACAAAUAGAAGUUGUUAGGCAGAGCCGUGGACAAGAUGCCAUGUCAGAGCAGCAAGCUCAUGCAUGCUGCCAGAGUCUGGGUGAUUUGAUGAUCUGUUAUGUCUUUGGGGGCUUUUCAUUUGAUCUGAUUUCUGCAUCGGAUGCAUUUGAUGGUAGACUAAGUGAAUCCCAGGAAUGGCUUUAAUAUUAAAUUCAAUAUUUAAUAUAGAUGGCUCAACAACAUGAAGUGGGAUUCCUCAAGCCAAGCUGGAGGCUGAGGGAUGGACUUCACUCUUUUUGUCCCUAAAUCUACAUGCUAGCACCUCAGACUCAGAUGCAAGGCCUCCCUUUAAAAUGGAAAUUUUACAAACUACUGCCAUUUGUGCAAAAUAAUGUCCUGUGACCACGUUGUUGUUUAAAAGGAAAAUAAAGUGCUUUCUUUUAUGAAAA